UGACGUCAUAAACUCAAGUCUGACAAGUCGCGAGGAGAUUCCGUGAGAAAAACGUGAGGACGUAAACAAACAAGGUCUUCUCCAUAUUGUGACAAUGUGUGAGCACGUUAUACUGCACAGUGGCUACCACCAUCCUGUUUUACGAUCCUGGCAGACGACUAACACCAACAUUUCUGCGGACAAUUUGAUUUAUCCGUUAUUUGUGACGGACAAUGAUGACACCAUUGAGGAGAUUGCCAGCAUGCCCGGGCAGGCCAGGUUCGGCAUCAACAGACUGCGGGAGGCCCUGGAGCCCAUGGUGAAAAACGGCCUUAAAACUGUCCUCAUAUUUGGUGUGCCCGCUAAAAUUUCCAAGGACAACAAUGGUACUGGUGCUGAUUUGCCAACAACGCCGACGAUGAUGGCUAUCAAGAUGCUACGCCAGUGGUUCCCUGACCUGCUCAUAGCUGCUGACGUCUGUCUCUGUCCAUAUACAUGUCACGGGCACUGUGGUAUAUUAUAUGAGGAUGGGACCAUUAACAAUGAAGCCAGUAUAGCCAGGCUGGCAGAAAUUGCAGUUAACUACGCAAAGGCUGGUUGCCAGAUUAUAGCCCCUUCUGACAUGAUGGAUGGGAGAAUAGGGGCCAUAAAAAAGGGGCUGGCCGACAGUGGGUUGGGCAGUAGGGUCUCUAUUAUGAGCUACAGUGCCAAGUUUGCUUCCAGCUUCUAUGGACCCUUCAGAGAUGCAGCCAAGUCAGCGCCCAGCUCUGGGGAUAGAAAAUGCUACCAGCUGCCGCCAGGCUCCACAGGGCUUGCAGAAAGAGCUGUGGAUCGGGACGUUCAAGAGGGUGCCGAUAUACUGAUGGUUAAACCAGGGCUGGCGUACCUUGAUGUGGUCAAAACCACGAAAACCAAGUACCCAAGCCACCCACUUGCCUUGUACCAGGUAUCAGGGGAAUAUGCCAUGCUGUACCAUGGAGCAAAGGCUGGGGCCUUUAAUCUACAGACAACUCUGAUGGAAGUCUUAACAAGCAUGAGAAGAGCAGGGGCUGACAUCAUAAUUUCAUACUUCACACCACAAAUAUUGGAAUGGCAGAAAUCGGAGAGGGAAUCAGCGAAGUAAAGAAGAGCUACACAUUCAUCCAUUAAUUAGAAUGAUCAGUUGUUGAACCAGUCUUUAAUCUCACAAAAGCAUUAUUUAUCUUUUUAUGAUGAAGUCUCGGUGUUGGUUGUCUAUAUUUUCUUAAGGUAACCUUGGUUGUUAAUGUUUACAUGCAUUUAUGGAAUAUUAUUUUUGCUUCAAUGAAAUUUAUAUAAGUGAUUUUUUAUCAAUGGAAGUAAGUUUUAUAUUCAUUUUUAUAAUGUUUGUUUUUGUUGAUUCAUUUUCUAAGGAAUAAGUAUAAUGUAAUUAUAUAAUUUUGAUUUUUAAAAUCUUUGAAGCUACAUGUAUAAUUUGAUUUGGAAGGUGUUUGAUUUGGAAGGUGUUUAAAUUCGGAAAUGUAACAAGAUAUGUUUUAUGUCGAAAUAAGGAAUGGUACUGGGCUUGAUUUAUUAUACAGAAAAUUGACAUCUGAAUGAUCUUCACAAUUUCCCCAAAGGAGUUCAUAUCGAUUUUGUUAUUGAUUUUCUGUCAAGACUUGUGGAUACAUCUGGAUGACUGAAUAUUAUAAUGUAUUUUGUUUUUACAUUUCAAUUUGAGACAUUUUUCUCUAUUUUAAUUAAAAAAAUAGUCAAUAUUGUCUGUAUUUACAAGAAGAAUACUAUUUUAUUUAUCGUUAAGUUUAUAUAGGGAUGUUUUAUUGUAAAACAAUGAAUUAAAUAUAAUGAACUUUUUACAAUUCCUUAUGAUUGAUUAAAUGAACAUUAGAGGGAGAGAGACAAUAGGGACUGCUGACUAUGUUCUUGUUUACUAGACACACACAGUUAAAGGCCUAGCAGACACACAACUUGUGUGGCAGCAGAGUGAAAAUUGUUGAUAUAAUAAGUAUAGUUCAGCAAAGUACCUCUAAAAUAUUUAUAUACAGCCUGUAUACCUUGUGUAACAUAAGGAUGGAAUUUUGCCUUUGUGUUAGCAUAAUUCCAUGACACAAAUGAUGAUUUCAUUUGCCCUCACAAGAUUAUAGCGAAAUGAAAUUUUCUAUACAAAUUUCGAACUAUCAUGACGAUUGUAUAAACUUGUUGUGUAUCAUGUUUAGUUGUUAUUUUGGGAAGUGUAAUAUUGCAUGUUAUAUUUCUUGAUAUCAGAUUUUAUUAUACCGUUGCAUUUGUUCUAAAACAGCUGAUUUUUAGCUUAUGUUGUUUUCUAUUCAUAUCAAGAUGGUCAUGUUAGUCAGAAAAAUGUUUAAAAAAUGAUAUUAGUUUGUCUGAUAAGCAUCUGAUAUUGAUAAAUAAAAUAUAAUGAACUUCUGCGCUCAUUCAAUGAGACCAACUCUUCAUAUUUCAAAUUGUAACAAGAUGUAUAUGUUCGCUACCCAGUCUUGUCAUGUGCCAUGCUUUUCCAUUUAAUGCCUGAAGAGUUUAUUAAGCCAGCGCUGAAGUUAACGGAAAACAUUGUAUAAAACAAUAAUUAACCAUUGUACAAGCAGCAUUUGACAUUCUUCACAAUUGUGAUUUUACAGUGUCACAUUUUGCAGAAGAAUACAAUAAAUGGUACACAACUUA